AUGGAAGACACAACCCCGCAUAAGUCCCGCAGGGCUGCUAAGGCAUGCGCCUUUUGCCGGCAGAGAAAGCUGCGAUGCAAUAACGAAAAGCCUGCCUGCUCCAGUUGCAGGGGCCACGGAAAGGAGUGUAUCUACACAGUUGGUCCCAAGCGCCCGAGGCCUUCAAAGGCACAGCUCUCUCGCUUAGAGGCAGAAAACCAGCAACUACGUCAGCAGAUCACCGCUAGCGAGCUUCGUUCAGAGAGUGCAAGCACCCCUACGGAAACGAGAACCAGCGACCCGCGGCCAGAAUCGCAAGAGCCCCAACCCCUCGGAGUCAUUCCGCGACGACCGGAUGUUGGAAAACACACACCGAGCGUUGACCCGGCACGGUCAACAGUAUCGCGGAUUUUCAUUUCUCCCAAUGGUGACUCAAGUUACCAUGGACUCACAAGUGCUUUGUUUGACGAUGCACCACUGGACCGACGCAGCCAAAUGCGGUCGACCGCUCCUCAGGUUCCUGUGGAGCACAUUCAAAAACGACUGAUGGGGGAAUCGGCCUAUCAGCGGCAAUUAGAGAUGAUGAAUAUGCGGGAGGGGAGGCUCGACUUUGAUGGUGUCGAUCCAGAGUUAGGGAUGCAUCUACUCUCAUUACAUUGGAACCGCCAGCACCAUUCCUUCUUGAUCACCUAUCGCCCGGCAUUUAUGCGGGAUAUGGCCACCAAUGGACCUUACUUUUCUAAGCUUCUCUUGAACGCGAUAUACUUUGGAGCAUCCAAGUUUAGUAAUCGCCCCGAGGUACGCCGUGACCCAAACGAUGUCCGCACGGCCGGUUGGACAUUUCGUAUGAGAGUCAAGGAACUGCUGGGCAGUGCUCUUGAUCGCAGUGAAAUUACAACCAUACAAGCACUGCUUGUGAUGACCAGCUCCUUAUUUGCCCUUGGUGACGAACGAAGUGCCGCAUGGUUAUAUGCCGGAACAGCUUUUCGGAUGAUCAUCGACUUGGGUAUGCAUGUGGAUGCUACGAUGUUGAUCAACAUGCGUCAACUCUCGGAUGAGGACCUGGAAAUUCGUCGGCGUGUGUUCUGGGGAGCCUUUGUGGUUGACAAGGUCCAAGCACUUUACCAGGGCCGGCCAGCCACCCUGCAAGACUUUGACACAAAAGUGUCGCUCUCCUUUCUGGACCACUAUGAAGAGCUGGAACACUGGCAGCCGUUUGCUUAUUCGGACGCCCAAUCCUAUCCCGGGUCUCCCGCUUAUAGUGUUUCCACGUUUACGGAGUUGUGCAAGCUUUCCCUGAUCUUGAAUGGCAUCUUGAACAAAGUUUAUUCAGAAAGAAGCUCGAAUCGAACUCCGGAAGAGCUUAUGGCAACCCUCAGCUCCUUGGACGCACAGUUACGAAGCUGGCAGCAUGGGCUUCCUCGUCAUUUACAAUUCAGCAACAACACGGCGCAGACAACACCACCUCCCCAUGUCAUCUCCCUUCUAUCGCUGUACAAUGUUCUAUUAAUUCUUCUCCAUCGACCUUUUGUUGCAGAAGGGCAUCUGCAUACUACCGAUCCAUCAGUGGCAGUUAGCUCAUUUACCACCUGCACUGUUGCUGCAAACCGAAUUAUUAAUUUACUUCAGGCAUAUGACCACGCCUUUUCCAUAAGAAGAGCCCCAUACCUGAUAUCAUAUGCUACAUAUGUCGCGGCAACGAUACACGUCCGAGUGGCAGCUCAACGAGAGGGCGGUAGCCGUUCUCAUGCCAGUUUGCAGGCUUGUCUCGACAUCUUUCAGAAGAAUGGCGAGACCAACUGGGCUGUGCGCAGAGCUCAAAAUGUCAUAUUGCAUUUAAUGGAUCGAAUGGGGGUUGACUUGAAUGACCAAAACCCGGGUUUCCAUAGCCAGGGGACAUUCGAUGCUAUCGAGAAGGGCAUACAGUCACCCAGCAUCCCGAGUAUUGAGAACAAUUUGAACAUAUCAUUCGGACCUGCAGCUUCCCCGACUCAAGAAAAUCCAGAAAUCGAACCAUCGGAAUUGGAUAUGGAUAUGAUCAUUCAAAGCUUUAUUCGGCAACACAGCAAACCUCCCGAGGCACAGGCUCUGUAUGAAGGAGCUAACAAUAACUUCCUGUCUUCUGGAAUACCCCAAUUUGGUACGCCAGGAACUCUUGCUCCAGUCAUGGAGGCAUGUCCACAGGAAUGUUUUGAUGACGACAUGUUGUUUGGGUUCAAUGGUUCGCCGUGGAACGGCAUGCAGUACAAUUAA